AUGACGAUUUACGGUCGUGCGGCGGUUCCAUUGCUGUCCUUGACUUGUUUCCUCCUGCUACUAUUCUUCUUCCCGAAUGUUACGCCACUAGAAGCCAUGCGCAUGCAGAUACUGCCGCAGCUGCAGGAUCUUCAGCUACACCAUAGGGAGCGAGCGGGUAGCUUCCCAUGGAGGCCCCGCCAGUGUGGUGACGCGUACGGGGAAGGGCGGAACUGGCAUUGCUCUUACGGUACACCUCAAGGCUUAAAAGGAGGUGGUUGUGCUCUUCAGGAACCCUUGGCCUUCCUGCGGAAGAGGCCUGAUGCGGGCCUUUCCCCACGCUGCCUAAGCAAGCAGCAUGCUGCGCGCAAAGCGGGGCCUCCUAGCGGUCCUCGUAGGAGAAAACAGCCUGAAGUCCACAACCAUGAUGCUGCCGAAAGUAGCAGACUGGCGGAUCCCAGGAGCGCUGCGCUGUCCCUGCGGAUGGGGGUGCUGAGGAAGGCCAAGGAAGCAGAAGAAGAGCGAAAUGCCUUCCCCAUUGCUCUGCGUCUGCCGCAUCCUGAACUUGUUGCCGGAGUCACCUACAGGCGCCUCGGCUGCCCGCUACCGCCACAGGCUAAGCAGCGGCAGCAACAGCAGUCGGGGCAGCAGAAGCAGCAGCUUUCUAUGGGACCGCUGGUCAGCAGCAUUUGUGUUGGGACUUCAUUGAUUGGCGGCAACGUAAUGCAGGACGAUGCAUCGGCUCUCAAAAUGCUCUGCACGGCUUACGAAGAAUACGGGAUUAACUUUUACGCAUCUGCUGCUGCCGCUGCUCAGGACGUGGGAGAACUCGACCCUCUGCCUCACGCCCCUCACCACCACGGUUCCGGACAUCGGGGGGUUCUGCGCCAAUUCUUUCAGAAGUAUCGUGGCCAGGGAGGUGGAUGCAGCGAAGUGCAGAGUUCCCAGGGCCACUCUCCAUCUCCCGCAGGAUCGGCGCAUGCAGCAACCACAACACCCGAAGGGGACUUACGAGCAGAGGCACAACGUCUUUUCAUCUCUGUGCGGAUCCUCAGUGGUUCGCUUGGAACGUUUGACUACGAGCGAUUUGCUCUCGAGAGAAGACGAAGAGAAAUGGUUGCAUGGACUGCUGCGGAGGCAGCAGCAGCAGAAGGAGCUGACGGAGCAGGAAUCGCCGCUGCUGCUGCUGAUGCUGUAAGAGCUGCAUCACUUACGGUUGGUCCUGACACAGACGGCAACAUCCGCUGGGCGAGGCCCAUGGGGUGGAAAGAUUUGGAGACAGCAGUGGACAACAUGCUGCAACGGCUGGGAAUCGACUGCAUUGACUUACUCCAGCUCACUGACCCUCACCGCUACGUACCCCGCCAAGAGCUGGGAGAGGAUACCUACUGCUGGGGACUGGAGAGGCCGGAUGCGGUGCCUAUUGAGCAACAGCUAGAAAUGCUUUCGGGCCUGAUAAAGAAGGGCAAGGUGCGCUACAUCGGCGUGAGCAAUGAGACGGCAUAUGGGAUUUAUAAGUGGGUGCAGGCGGCGGAAGAGAUGAACUUGCCGCGAAUCGUGGCUGCGCAGCAACUCUACAACAUCAUGCACCGCAACGAACUUGAAGCUUCCGGGAUCCCUGAGAUAGCUUUUAGACUAAAAGUGCCUGUGCUCGCUUACGGGACUCUCGCGGGGGGAAUUUUGACGGGGAAAUAUCUCGACCCUGAACGCUUUCACGCGAAAGGCCCUGAUGUGAGGCAGGGACAGGAUGAGUUGGAGAGUGGCAUUAGCACGUACCGCUACAAAGUGCCGGAAGAUUUUGGGUCUGUAUGGGGCCAGUGGUUGAUGGGGGAGUUGCUGAAGACAGCGCGCCAAGGUGGCCUAACAGCAGCCCAACUCGCCCUCAGUUGGGUUUAUUCCAGGCCGUUUGUUGCAUCUACUAUCAUUGGCCCUAGGACAAUAGGACAAUUGCGAGAAAGUGUGCGGACGCAAAAUUACACUCUGCAUCCUACUGUGGAGCAGCAUCUUCACGAGCUCUACCUGCACUACACGGCACCCACCAUGGGGGGCCCACAGCUGCUCAGCCACCUUCCAGACCCAGAGGGCCAUGUGCAGCCUCCACUCUCUCAGUCCGACUUCAUGAAGUGGGGGAAGCAGCCCAUAUGGAGCGGUGGGACCUACUGGGACAACUGGCCCCAACCCGUUUUGGCGGAGAAGGUGGCCUACUUUGACAGAUUGAAUUUAGCACGUGAAGUCAGAGCAGCUGCUGGGGCGCUGGACGACCCAUCAGAUGAAGGAGUCAUUAAUCUGCGACUGUGGAGAGAAAGGCUGGAUGAGGGCCUUCCAGGAGAGUAUUUCGCCGUGAAGGAGCAGCAGCUUUUUGGCUGGGACAAGCACACUGUAGAUGGCCCUUAUCUUAGGCCGUUGACACCCGAGGAGCAACAGGAUCAGCAUCAUAUGGACUGGCACUUAUGCUGGAAGGGCGGAAAGGUGCAACGAGUACCCACAACGGACUCGAUGAGGGCUUUCUACGACAACCGGAAAGCCAUAAGCGACGUGAUCUACAAGAACUUCAAGUCCUUCAAAGAUCUGACACUUCAUCGCGAUCAGUUGGGCAAAUUUGUUCCUGAGCUGUGGAACCGUUGGGAUUACGACUUGAUUGCAAAGCGGUGCUACGAAAAACACGGCAUUGAUAUCUACGAUCCAAAGGUAAGGCUUUUGUGCGUGUACGGUGACUAG